UUUUUUUUUUUUAUAACACAAACCAUCAACUGGGGUACGGUGCCUGCGAUAUCGAAAUCUCAUCGCGCGUGUGCGCAAUCUCAUAGUAAUCUCAUAAUCUAUUAUUAUGGCGGAUGACCCUGCCACAGAGGAGGACAGCAUGAGUAGUGUCUUCCGUCCGCCGAUCAUUCGCUCGGCCUUGGGCGUCUUGGACCGAUCGCUCUUUUCCAAGACCGUCAACCUUGCUGCCGCUGCGGUCGCGGACAGGAAGAAAAUCUCCGUAUGGCGUCAAAAGCUGCUCGAGGACAAAACACUCAUAUCCCAAGAAAGGAUAACCGGCGUGGUGCCUCACCCGGAUCAGGCUCUGGCGUCUCUGGGCACGAAAUGUCUACUCCUGGAUCCCAAAAUCAAGGCUGAAGUGCCUGAAACAUGGACACCCAUUAUCAAAGAUGGCGUGGCUAGUAAGGAGUUAGGGGUAGUUUCAUAUGACUUAUCCCUAGACUAUGACUACUGGUCUUACGAGGACGUGAUGAAAUCUCUCCUUCCCUCUGAUUUACGGGAUGAGCAUGACAGUAUUCCCAGCGGUUUCAACCAGGCAGGACAUGUUGCGCACAUGAACCUGAAAGAAAAAUACUUACCUUAUAAGAACCUCAUCGCACAAGUCAUACUCGAUAAAAAUCCACCUAUUAAGACUGUCAUCAACAAAAUCGCCCAAGUGGGUACUGAAUCCGAGUUCCGAACGUUCGCUUACGAAGUUCUCGCGGGGCCAGACGACCUAAACGUCGAGGCGCGAGAGAACGAUUGUGUUUUUCGGUUUGAUUACUCUAAAGUAUAUUGGAAUAGCAAGCUUGAGGGCGAACACAGACGGUUAAUCAACAUAUUCAAACCGGGCGAGGUUGUAUGCGAUUUGAUGGCCGGGAUUGGUCCCUUCGUAGUGCCUGCUGGUAAGAAAGGCGUUUUCGUCUGGGCAAACGACUAUAACCCCGAGAGCUACCGUUAUCUCGAUGAGAACGUCAAACGUAAUAAGGUCGAACAAUACGUGCGACCAUUUAAUCGAGACGGUCGCACGUUCACCACGGAAGCGGCCGACUUGGUUUAUGCGGCAUCGACAAACGGCGAGUACGCCACGACAAGACUUAGCGGCAGAGAGAAACGUAGCAAGCAUCCAAAUGCGAAUACUGCCGAAAAGUCAAGACAGAUUCAGGAACCUCAACGUAUCCCCAUUCCUCCAACAAUUUCUCAUUUCGUUAUGAAUCUUCCUGCAUCCGCCAUCACCUUCUUGCCAUACUUCCGUGGUCUGUACGCCGGUCGGGAACAGCUCUUCUCUCCUCACACAAAUACGAAGUUGCCCAUAGUUCAUGUCCAUUGCUUCGCACCCAAGGCGGAUGAUGACACGGCUUUGAUAGAAAUUUGCGAACGCAUCUCAACAGAGAUCGGCGUAACUAUGAAGCUAGGUGAUAUCGAAAACGCUCAUGAAGUAACUGUUACGGAGGUGAGGAAUGUGGCGCCCAACAAAGAAAUGUUCUGCGCAUCCUUUAGAGUGCCCCCUGAAGUGGCAUUUGCCGCCCGAGCCUAAUUGAGGUCGGAUUGGAUCUCAGCACAGUAAAUAGACGACUCGUUUCGACGGAUUACCACUUUGGGCAACAAGGGGCCGUUGAGAGGUAUGCAAGUUUUGCGGGUCAUGGCGCCAGAAGCAUGUGAAGAUGUCCAUAAUAUGGAGCGUUACAGCCCAGAACGACCAGGUAGCCAGGCACCUUCUAGACCGAUGUGAUUCGCUUUACGGCGGGACUCUGGUCGCAGUAGGGUGGUCCGCCACAAAUGGCACUGCAUAGGGGCCGAGAUAUAUGUAUGUUGCUUGUUGGCACCAGGUAGGGACGAUUACAGCGCCGUGGAACGUUUCUCAUGCAUUGCGGAUCACCAGGCCCGCCCGUAGGAUAUUAUUUCCCGCACCAUCUGCGAAAUAUUCAAUUGAUGUGUUACGGGGCGCGCCGCCCUCGGGGAACCGCACCAAUCACCCACAGAUCUCGAAAAUUAAAGGCUAUCUGAAUAGCGCCGGCCCAUGUCGAAAAUAGAGAUGUACCCUCUUCUUCGUCUGAAGCUGUAUAGAUAAAGGGGGGGUCGGUGCGAUAGCCGAAAAACGUUCAUGCAGAUAAGCCUGCAUGGCUGUAACGCUGAGUAUACCACUGUGGCUUUUCAUGCUUAAUAUGUGCAGCUAUACCGGCAAGGAAGUUGAUGCAACUUGCAACACU